AUGUCUCCGAAGAAGAGCAAACGCUCUUGCAAAAAAUACGGAAUCCUUCUCCGAGACCACCACCACGCAAAAGCAGGCACGUCCUGCACGCCUCCCCCGGCGCCGACUCCCUCUCCAGACCCGCCGGUAGCCACUGAGUCUCCUCAGAUCCCGGACCUGGAAACCUUGCAGCAGCAGAGAGAGGACUUGCAGUCGGCCAUACAGCGAGCACGCCUCGCUCGUGAAGUUCGAGACUUAGAGGCAGACCUGCGGGAGCUACAGCUCGACAUCACCAGCGGCAAUCCAAGCAACACUCCGCCAGCGGCUCCAGUAUCGCAGCUACCAGGCGCCACACCGCCCGUACCGCCAGCACAGACCCCGGCAGACCGAACGCCGCCGCCGCCGCCGCCGUCGCCGUCGCCGCCGUCGCCGCCGCCUGUACAGACCAUGGCAGACCAAACGUCUCCACCGCAAGCACCGACCCCACCGAUAGUACCGGUACCAGCACCCGCGGGAACGACGACGCCCGCGAACUUGCAGGAGUUACGGCAACACCCGCAGAUCCAGGCGGCGAUGCAAGAGCUGACGUCCUCGUCGCUGGCACUGGACGACCUGUUGUCGCGCCCUUCCGCCAGGACCACGGCUCCAGCCACCGCUACGCCCACCGCCUCACCACUCCUGAGAAUGGACCAGGACCCCCAAGUCUACUUGUCGACAAACACAGGAAAAGGUCGCCACCACCUCUGA